GUGUGCUCUUCGUGCGCAAAGGUCCCUACGCCAACGCCGUGCUACGAUUCCAGAUGGUGUUUCCGGACGACUAUCCGCAGCGGCCGCCCGUGGUCGUGUUCCUGAGCGACCUUUUUCAUCCGCUCGUGACACCGCUCACCGCUUACACGUACUCUACCAGGGAUGCCGGUGCUGAUACACAGAGCGCUAUAGAUGAGCAGCGCUUGCCACCGGGCGGGCUCAGUCUCCGCCACGGCUUUCCUGAGUGGUUUGAUAAGACUGAUGGUGAACCGGCGAACAGUGUGACUGCAUCAGACGGCGGCGACUCUGCAACUACGCAGCAUGCGCCUAGUGCUACCACGCAAGGCACAUCGAGCACAUGCGACCAUGAGCGGUGGCCACAUGUCGUUGAGUUGUGCCAAUACAUGCGCAUCGUGUUCGACACAGAGGAUGUGCUGGACACGAUCCCAUUGACUGCCGCUGCUAACGCCGGCGCGUGGCAUGCCUGGAAAAGUUUUCGUGAUAAAGGCGCAGGCAGAGCUGCCCCAGUGCCAGGCGACGUCCGUCAAUCUGGCCAGGAGCGAAGUCUAUCCCCACGCCAACAGCCUGGUGGUGCCCGCCGACCCGGCGAAUGGAACUGGCAAGGUGUAUGGGAGGAUAGAGUAAAGAGAAGUGUGCAAAGUACCUUGUCUGAGCCAGUACUUUUUGGCGGUGACAGCAAAGAUGUGAUCAGCUUCCAGAAGCUCGAAGUAGUUGCGAUCAACGAGCUCUUCCAGCAACUCCAGACGUAAUGGGUGUCCCUGCAGUGGGAGUAGGAACCGUGGUGUAAUAGUUGUUGUUGAAGGUAGGAGGCGAACAUAUCGCCGCAGCAGCUGCUCGAUAUGCGUCACGCCUGCUAUGAGAUUGCACCAUGCUGGUACCGUACUUUCAUACACGAGUUGCGCAUGCACACAGACAUGUAAUUCAUCUACCACAGGCUCCAAGCACAACGAUCUGGUGAGCAUGGCGACCAAGGAGAAUCUGCCGCCCAGGACUGAAGGAUACCUUCCUCGUGAUGAUGACAAAUCAACACCUCCUGGCAACGUUCCCGCAACUCUGGGAAUCAGGCAUUGGCAGCGAGCUGGAUAUACGUCGCCCCCAUUUGGAUUGCUAUCACCUAACAGCAAGCCAUCGCUAGCCCGGCAACGAGACCACUCAGCAUGUCGAAGAACAGACUCGCCACUCAAAGUGCGCAAAACUCGCGAGAACCUCAAGCAAUCCAGCAUCUAUGGAGAUGUACCUCCACCGUGCAUGCAUGUUCCGAUGCUUGAUCCUGGCGAUACUGUUCUACCACCGACCCUCAGCUUCACGAGUGCAACCACAAUCGACAGCAAGUGUGAUUGUACCGUUGGCAGCAGCCAUGAUACGGGAACCGAAUUGACUGGAUCGACUCUGCAUCCGGCCAGUCCGCAUAAGGCAGACCAGUUGCCGCUUCCUCUUUCACCGCCACCACAGAUCCUCGGCAUGCCACUCCGACACAAAUCCGUCAGCCGACGGAUGCUAUCUCGAGUCAAGGAAGGCAUUUCUCAUCGCUCCCGGAGCUCCCACGCAACCAAGUCGCCCGAUGCCGAGAGCCUCAUCAAAAGACGGCUUUCUGGUAAACAGAAAAUUAUCGAUGAUGAGCAAAGGCGCAUGCGGAGCUUCGAAAUCAGUAGACACAGUAGCAUUGGCAGUGAGGCCGAUGCUGCAGGCGAUGCUUCUGGUUCUCAACGUUCUUUCACUGACUCCAGUAUCACUACCGACGACCUAAUGGCUACUGGCGUUACGCUGACUCCGCCAUCGGCCAUCAGGAAAGGCUCUGGACAAAGGUCCAUGCAUUUGCUGUCACCAACUCCGGGCAAGCAGUCUCCGUAUGGUGGACCAACUCCAAAGGCGAGUGCGAGGGAAUCGUUGGUAUUCCAACCUCGAAACCAGCCCAUGCUACAGGCUUGCCUACCAUAUAUCGAUAUGAAAGUCUCUCUGGAAAGAGAGGCUGUCGACGUUGGAGUCUCCAAGGAUAUUUGGAUCGCCGUGGAAGCUGUUGUACGCAGCCGCAUAGUCCAAGCUUCUGCCAGAAAUGAGUCCCCUACCGUGCUGAAUCGGCACUCGAUCGAUGCCGUCGUCGUCGUGUGCCGAGACACACUGGCGAAAGCUGCUGGCCUGGUUCAGCAGUGUGUUGUUGAGCUUUGCUGUCGUCUCGAUGUUGCUGAUGAUCGUCUUGCACUUUUGGUUACAACGUCACGACAGAUCGACACCUCUACGAUCAGCUGCAUAUGCACCGAGAUUCACUCCCUCCAAGCGCCCAAGACUUCAGCCCUUCUAGAGAGACUGGGUCUGGCAGCCUCUAAAUCGCGAAACAGUCUGCCUGAUGUGGAUGAGGAAUACCCUAUACAACUAGCAUUGAAGUCUAUCGCCACACAGGCCAACAGCCAGGAACCUGUACAUGCAUUCGUACUGUCGGACAGGCCAGCACACGUGGCGCAGGCUAUCGAGCAGUCGAUGAAUUGGCCAGCUCAUCUGAUGAAAAUCGGGCUGUGUGCACCCGAGCGUUUGGUGCCGCCUGACCGCAGUCAUCACAGUUGGCUACUGGAAAUCAGAGGUGAAGGAGACAUCUGUACAACUACUCUCGACAACUUAUUCAGAGAUAUUCGGCACGGGUAUUGCGUAGGUGGCAUCCCAAGUUUGCGCCUUUGCUACAAAGCCAUGGACCGGUCCCGAAUUGUAGAAGUCGUUGGAGAGAAGGCCACGAAGGAUUUGAGGCUGGGCCAACGCUGUUCACUUUUCGUAAAAGUGUGCAUUCCCAAGAUUGAUGCAGUCGUAACUACGAAAACGGAAAGCGAUCAGGACUCAUUACUUGCCGAACUAGAAAGCAUUGUUGGCACCCUUGAAAGUAACUUUCUCCAUGUAGAAGCACGCUACCGCCACACCGUACUCCCAACGGACAACGUCGUGACCGUCCGCCAUAUCUGCAGCAUACGGCGGCCAAAGACAGACUCUCGCUGGAGCCUCAUCACAUCGGCUGUGGCGGGGCUGUCCUCUGAACACGUGAAUAUUCAGCUUGCGCGCUUUUUGGCCCUUCACUACGCGCCCUCCAAAGCUUUGCAAGCCAUCAUCCGUUGGAAUCUGGAUGGUCCGCAUGCUGUGCAGCAGCUGUGCACAGCACUGCGGGCACAAGUUGCCUCGACUACUCGCUCAGAAGCAGAACCCGGAUGUGCAGCUCCAAGCCCUGCUGUCAUCGUCACCGACACCACACAGCUUGCUACAAGCGCAUCACCUAUACCACAUCAUGUUACAAGGACCACUUCAGCUGCAACACUCUCUCCAGUGCAAGUGCAACGUGGUAAUGAGUUGCCUCACUCUGCGUCCACUUCAGCGAUGAUUGCCACGCGCAUCAUUUCAGCUCCGAAGGGCACGACUGCUAUCAGCACAUAUGGCCCAAGAACGGACGAUAGUCGCGAGGGUACACCGAGUGAUUCCCAAGACACUGCGCAUCAGCUGUGGCAGCACUUGCGCCGCGACUCGUUGUCUACAAAGCAGAUUUUGGCACUCUCGACCGAGAAGAUGGAGGAGAUCGAGGACGAAGAGCUCAAAACUCUUCAUGACCAGGCUUUGGCUAACAAACGCAGCGUUGGAGCUGAGACACUGAAUGCGUGGAAGUGGGAGGAGGACAAUAUUCAGUCUCGGGCAGCACCAUGGCUGUGACGAGACGCGCACCCUUGAUUUCUGCAGACCAUUUCGCAGUUUUGGGUAGGCGGACUCUCGCUCGGCUGAUGACACGCACAACAACAUAUCAUCCUCGAGCAUCACGCGUGUGCAGGUAGUAGGGCAUUAUGGUAGCAUGUCAAUGAUAUAGUACGAAUACAUGCAAAUGUUACAUAUGGAAUCAAACAGGGACUUCCUUUGAUGAAUACUCCCC